AGCUAGCUAACUAAUUUAAGCUGACGAAACAGUUUCUUUCUUGGUUCUAACGAAUAAGAUAUCAGCACUGGCAACCUUGGCGCCAAGGUGAUCAUCGUCGGCGGUUGAGAUUUGAAACGUCCCAAUAUUGGUGCUUCACUCAAUGAGGGUUUCAAAUAGUCUGGGCAGUCGUAACUGGGGAUGGGGAAAUGAACUCGACGACUAGUUGAGAUGUAUUAAAACGGAUGGCGUCUGCAGAAUGUUUCUCGAAAUCUUCACCUGCGCUGGAUUUGGCAACUGAGCACAUGUGCUUCCCCAGGUCACUUUACUUCACUUCACUUCACUUCACUUCGAGAUAUCGGGCUGCGCCCUCACUAAUAAUUACUAUCUACGGCUGGACCUAAUUGAAUAACAAUUACUUUCAUUGCGGUUGACUUCUUGUCUUUCCCUUUUGUUCAUUUAUUUCAAGUCUAGGUCGUCGAGAUUCUAUUAGUGUUGCGUCUUCACAAUGAGGAGCUCAAGCUAUCGAAGAAGCGCUCGCGCAAAUAACCUAAGGGUGUUUAUUCGCGACGAUGUCCCAGAUACCGUUGAUGAUGUCGAGUCCGAUUCCGAAUCUGAAGAUGAACCAGAUACACCAUCGCCAACAAAAGAUGUGUUUUCGUCACCUUCUGCUGGGACUGAGGCACCCGCACAACAGGUUGGAGCUCCUGCCACCUCAGACCCUUCAUCAGUAGAGUCUCCUCAGCCGACAACAGACGCUUCUCAACCCACAACAACAUUCGCCACGAGCAUUAGCGUACCGGCGGCUCAGUCUUCUUCAACCAGCACAGUUCUUUCACCAAGCGCAUUACCACAAGCCAACGAACCUUCACAAGCUCAAACAGCCCAACCCGAAAAUCCAACACGUAUAAUGAGCAAGGACGGCGCCAUAGCACUCGGCACAAUUGGAGGAACAAUAAUAAUCGCAGCCAUAAUAUUCCUCCUCUGGAAAUGCCGACGGCGCCAAGCCCGCGCCAACGGCAGCGUCUCAUCAAGAUUCUCGCCCUUCUCCGGGUUCAAGAAAAUGGAAGCGCCGCGGGAAAUAUACACGACGAACCGCGGGUCAGGAGGGAAGACAGGAUCGAAAAUCAUGGAUGAUCUCAUGGCGGCCGCGUAUGCUGCCGAAGACGGCAAUGCGUCGCAGUACGGGGCGUAUAUGGAUGAAAAGCGACGAUCCAACAACUCUAUGUAUGCCCCGAAUCCGAGGCGGUCGAAUCCGCCCCAAGCCGCAGUAAAUCCCGAUAGGGGACCGAACUCCCUUUACGUCAAUCAGCUCAUGUCCGGGUUCUACAAGGGUUCGAGAGCAGGUGGACUCACGGCCCCAGCUAAUGCGAGAAUGCCCCCUCCGGUAGCUCCCUCUGUCGCAGGGCAAACUGAGGUCACAACCACUACCGAAAGUACGUGGAGGACGUGGGGUUGGUCGCAAAAGAAGCCGCCGAAGGAAUCUUGGGUCGAUAAGUGUGUCCGCUUGGGAGGCUUGAGAUAAUUUUGGCCUGGGUUCGAUAUAUUUCAUAGAGCAGAUUGGGAACUUGGAAUCUGGAUCGAGCUACUGCAAUGUUUGAAAUCGAAGUGUUACAACGUCUGCAUUUUAAUUCACGAUGGCUCUUAGUAAAUGUGAUAUCACUUAAAAGGAAAAUGUAUUAGUUUUGUUAAGCCAUGUCCACUAGACUAAACAAAGGGGCGUUCAAGUAGAACGCCCAAACUGCCACAUGCGAGAACCCCUUCAAGAAAUAACGAUUGAAAUCUCA